AUGAAUUACAACAGCAAAGCAUAUACUGAAUCAUUUGCGCAGUAUAUCCAAUCAAUGGUAAAACUUGAUGCCCUAGAAAAGAUGACCGCAGACUUGGAUAGAGAAUUAGCCGACUCCCAGAACAUAAUGAAAGAGAUCAAAACACUUUUUCACAGUGUUCCAGCUGUAGCACCACAGCAAAACGAAAGGAAUCACCAAGAAGAGUUUGCGCAAUUCCUUGAGACCGAAACGCCCAACUUGCUGCUUCCGGACAUGGUAGCAGCAAAUAAUUUUGGUGACAUUGAUAAAAUCGUAGAAACUAUGAAGAACUAUGCCGAGGAGUUAAGACAAAACAUUAACACGAAGGAGCAGAGCACUAAAUUAGAAAAGAUUAAUAUUGAAAGCUUGGAUUUGACAUCAUAUGCAACAAAUUUUGACCAACUGAGCAAAAGUUUGGCUAAUAUUAAAAUAACGUCCGACGUAAAUAAAAAAAAUGCAGAAUUAGAGGAUAAACUAGGUCAAUUGUGUGAGGAUGUCACUUCAUUUACAAAGUUAGUGCAAGUGACUGAGGGAAAGUAUUGCCGCACGCCAACAAGUACUGUUGGAGUACUGACCUAUGACAACAUCCUCAAUAAGCUCCUUGCCGACAUCACAGAAGUUACGUAUCUGCUCAAAAGCAACAAUUAA